UGUUCAUCAGUUGAUCUCUUUGCUAGGUUUUUGUUUUUGUCGCAGGUCUCCUUCACCAUGCUGGGUCACACUCUGCUCCAGACCUCUCUGGUUCUCUGGUUGGCUCAGCAAACUCUGCAAGGCGGGGUUAAACCUCAACCACAAACUGUGUCCUGGGGGAGAGUGUUGCCAGUGAGAGGUGUUGGCGUUGGAGUAAAACCUGGAGUUGCAGGUGCCCUUGGAGCACUGGGAAGCCGAUAUGGCAGCAAAGCAAUGAAGACUGGACUUGGACGUUAUUCAGGGGCUCAGCUUGGUGCUGGAGGUUACAGAUCUCUUGGAUUGGGAGGUAGGGCCGGCCUGAGGCAAGGUGGAUAUGGAACUCCAGGGGCCUAUGGUGCAAAUCUGGGUGCUGGAAUGCCUUUGGGGGCUGGACUAACUAAUGGACUGGGACUGGGUUUGGGCCAGGGAGGAAAGCGUGUUUACGGCGCUGGUCUUGGUACUCACCCGGGAUACGGACCUUUAGCCGGCAUCGCUUAUCCUGGAGCCCGGCCAGGAGCUGGACUUGGGUAUCACACUGGACACAAGGCUAAAGAGCAAAAACCUGGUUACAUGGGUGGAGCAGGAAACUAUGGGGGCCAUGGGGGCUAUGGGGCAGGUUUGGGACAGGGAGCAUACCUCGGUGCAACUGGCAAACUUGGAUCUGCUGCUGCUCUUGGACAGGGUGGAUAUCCCCAUGGUGCUGCAGGGAUCUCACCUGGCUAUGGUGAGGGAGUAACUGGUUACCUGGGUGCUAUGGCAGGCAAUGGCUACGGUGGAGAUGCUGCAAAGGCGAUGUCUGCAGGUUAUGGGAAUGGUUACAGCGACGGUUACGGGGCUGCCCUCGGUACAGGCGGCUAUGCUGGGCAGGUCCAGGGGGCGUAUGGAGCGCUCGGUGCAGGCCUGGAAUCCCCUGGUGGCAAAUAUGUAGGAGGAGCUGCUCAGGUUCCUUACGCGAAUGCUCCAGUGAUCCCUACUGGACUGGAGGCUGAUGCCGGCUACCCAUAUCCUGCUCAGCAGCUGGCCCUGGGUGCAGAAGGUGCAAAAACCGCCAACAAAUUUGGGGCUGGUGCAGGUUUCGGAGCUCAGCAAACAGGUUACCGCGCACAGCUAGGAGCAACUCAAGAUGCCUUGGGAGAUCAAACUGGCAAAUAUGGAGGAGUGGAUGGUGCGCUUGGCAACGGAUACAAAGGCUAAUUCAAGUUGACCUGAACUUCUUCAAGUGGAUCAAUUCCAUAAUGUGUUCAGUGUUGUAUGUUUUUUAAAGCGUUUUUUUUGUGUGUUUCACUCCAAUUCAUCCUGUUGUGCUAUCUGUUGUCUUUUGUUUAAUCUUUCUUUUUUUUUUCUUUCUCUGUAAGUGGACAUUUGUUACCCAUAUCUGUUUGUCUUUGUCCAAAACACAUUAUUACCCCACCAUAGAUGAGCAUAAAUAAAAUUGUCUCUAUGUUUUGAAAUGAUUAUUGAAAUGAUAUCACUGUUUGAAUCCAAUAGAUUAUAUGUCAAAUGCUGAAUUAAAGUCUGUUAAUAAA